AUGGAUUCUUCUAGUGGAUUGUUGGAUCUGUCUCUCGUACAGGACUUGUCCGUUACAGAGAAUCGGGGCCUUGCCGCAAUAAAUCCCAAGCUUAUUCCUCGUCUCUCGAUGCACGAUGCAAUGCCUAUUUCUACGGAUUCGUACGCGGCCGCAUUGUUGUUGGCUGCUAUUGCAUUUCAUAGUACCGAACUCGACCCGCGGUUGGGAAAUGUGGAGGUGUGCGAACGACUUUGCCAACACUCAGAUUUGAGGGAGAUAUUGGCCAAUGCAUUGAAGACACAAGAUUUUUCUACGGUACUCCGUCUCAAGAUACUUCGACGUCCCGAGAGCCUAAACCGUCAAUCUUUAGAACGCGCCAUGAGGGCCGCAUGGGAAAUGCCAUUCCACGGCCACUCCCAUGAAGUGUUGUUACACAGCAUACAGAAUAUGAUGGAACUCCUGAAACCUGAUCACUUUUACGCAAACCAUCUGCCCAUCAUCCAAAGUUCUGGAACUGGAAAAUCUAGGAUGGUGGACGAACUCGCACGUCUGAUUUUCACCAUCCCUUUCAACGUCCGCGAAUCGGUUGAUAAAGGCUUUCCUUUCCCUCAUUCAGACAGCGCAGUGAGGAACUUUCUUGUGGACACUAAGUUUAAGACCUGGGAAGGCUGUCGCGAUGCGUAUCAUGUGUUUUUUGAGAAGCUUUUCGAUCAGGUCUAUGAUUGGCUGGAUAGGAAUUGGGGAGACACUCAUUUCCAAACAUCUCGAGAUUUCGCGUCGACAUGGAGGGAGCAACUCGCUACAGAAGCGACUGGCGGUAAGCACAUGCGAGGGAUUCUAUAUGAUACCGUGAUAGAUAACUGUCAUCUCCCCGAGAAUGUGGAUCUCCACGCUGCAAAAGACCGUACUGUGAAAGCAGGGAAUCGACUCGCGACAUGGAUCGCAUCGCAUGUCGACGGACAAAAAAGUCCAAAUGGGUCUUCGCAUGUCAAACAACCCGGAGAUUCGAUGAGGCACCCACGUGUCAAUGAACGCCCAAGGUCGAAGAGGACGGCCCAGUUCAUCAUAUAUUUCGACGAGGCUCACACCUUGGCCGAUGCAUAUCUCAGGACACAGGUUGACGGCAAGCUAAGAUCACGCUUCCACGCGUUGUGCGCCGUGUUAAAUGACUUGCUUACUGUUGAUCUGUUCGUCAUCACACUUUCAACUAACUUCACUUUGCAUAACCUUGCCCCUACUCGUGACAAGCAUCAUUCGGAGCGUGUCAGCUCGGGAGGGGAUUUCCUUCAGUCGCCAUAUACUGAGCUCCCGUUUGAUUGUCUGCACAAAGGAAAGCCGCUCAUCGGACAUGGUGAGAAAACGCUGGCAGAUUUGUCGUCUGUUAUACCGACGCUAGUUCAUUUCCUAAAGCUGUUCUUAGGUGGUACGCGGUGUUUCACCAUGGAGACCCGAGCGUUCGCGAGUCAUUAA